AUUUCUUCUAGGCGAUGUUUUGCUACUCAGUGCACUUCCGGAUAGCUUCUCCGUUAGCCUUACACCUAAAUGGGACCAUUUUCUAACUCUCAGAUGUGACAGAAUCGCUUGAAUAUGAUUAAUAUAGUGUUACUUGUCUUUUUUGGCUCUUUUUGGGUGAACGCUGUUAUAACCGCAAGGAUUGGGUCGGAGGAUAUUACCGAACAUGGCCCGGAGUUUGAAACUCUGAGCUCCAUCCUGUCAGAGUAUGAGGUGCUGCCUGUGUCAGGCUUCCAGCUGCACUCUGUGAGAAAGAGGGACGUCCACAGUGAGUCCCACCUGGAGCGCCUGGUGAGCUUCAGAGCCCUGCAGAGAGAUUUCAAACUUUACUUGACCACAAACACAGAGCUUUUUACUGACAACUUCAAAGCUGUGUUUGUUGAUAAAAAUGGGAAGGAAGAGAAAUAUGACGUGUCACUUCAGAACUAUUUCACCGGACAUGUUGUUGGAGAGGCUCAUUCGCGCGUGCAGGCGCACAUCGACGGAGAUGAGUUCUCUGCUCACAUCCUGACGGAUGAAACGGAAUACAACAUUGAGCCGCUGUGGAGGUUUACAGAUUCUCCGAUUGAUGGGAGGUUACUGGUGUACCGAUCACAGGACAUCAGGAAUCUGAGUCGAAUUGCUUCUCCUGAAGUCUGUGGCUAUAUUCACGCUGAGGCGGAGGAUCUUUUUCCUGAGGCUGCCAGGAGUGGCCAGAAAGAGCACAAGGAGGCGGGUCUUGAAAAUGAGUCCCUGCACAGAGUGAAAAGACAAGCUCACGACCACCGGAAGAAUACCUGCCCUUUGCUGUUGGUGGCCGACUACCGCUUCUUUAAACAAAUGGGCCGCAGCCAAGAAAGCAUCACUCUCAACUACCUGAUUGAGCUGAUUGAUCGAGUUGAUGAUAUUUAUAGAAACACCACCUGGAAUAAUGAAUUUAAAGACUACGGGGUCCAGAUCCAACAGAUUAUUAUUAACAAAGAGCCGACGAAGCGCCCCCCCGGCAUGUCUGGGGCCGGCUGGGCACACUAUAACAUGGAGAACAGCCCUGUGGCAGGCGAGGAGGUCUGGGAGGUGAAGAAACUUCUGGAGCAAUUCAGCUCAGAUAUUGCAGAAAACGCCUCCACUGUGUGUUUGGCUCACCUGUUCACCUACCAGGAUUUUGACAAGGGAACGCUGGGCCUGGCCUACGUCGCUCCCCCCAGAAAUACCCCGCUGGGUGGAAUCUGCUCAGGACCUUAUUACCCAUCUCACUCUGCAAAGAAGCCCAGUUACCUCAACACCGGCCUGACCAGCACCAAGAACUACGGAAAAACCAUCCUCACAAAGGAAGCGGACCUGGUUACCACUCAUGAGCUGGGCCAUAACUUUGGAGCAGAACACGACCCGGAUAACCUUCUUAACUGUGCUCCCAGUGAUGAUGAGGGCGGCAAGUUUGUCAUGUACCCCAUAGCUGUCAGCGGCGACCAUGUAAACAACAAGCGUUUCUCCGAUUGCAGCAAGGCUUCGGUUGGAAAGUCGCUGCAGCUCAAGGCUCCGAUGUGCUUCAAGGAGAGAAACAGUAAAGUCUGUGGGAACUCCAGAGUAGAAGAAGGGGAAGACUGCGAUCCAGGGCUCCUCCAUCUCAAUGAUGACCUCUGUUGUUCUCCAGAGUGCAAGUUCAGAGAAAAUGUAAAGUGCAGUGACAGAAACAGCCCGUGCUGCAAGAACUGCCAGUAUCAGCAGGCAGGGACAAAAUGCCAGGAACCCAUCAGUGCCACAUGUAAAGGCAUGUCUUUCUGCACAGGUAACAGCAGUCAGUGUCCACCGCCUGAAAAUGCGAUGGACGAUACAAUCUGUGUAGACAACGGCCGAUGUCUCAAAGGAGAGUGUAAACCGUUUUGCGAAGCCAUUGAGAAGCUACAGUCAUGCGCCUGCAACGAAACAAGUGAUUCCUGCAAGGUGUGCUGCAGGAAACAUGGGAUCUGUUCUCCGUUCACAUACCCCGAUGGCACUUUCCUUUACCUUCGCAAAGGGAAACCCUGCACCGUUGGCUUCUGUGAUGGAAACGGGAAAUGCAUGAAGCAGGUGCAGGAUGUGAUAGAAAGAUUGUGGGAUUUCAUUGACAAACUGGACAUCAACACAUUUGGGAAGUUCUUGGCUGAUAACAUAGUGGGCUCAGUCGUGGUGUUUUCCCUUAUUUUCUGGAUUCCUCUCAGCAUCUUGGUUUACUGUGUGGACAAACGACUUGAUCAGCAGUACGCAGAGAACGCCAAAUCCUUUUACUUCGCUCCCAGCCAGAUGGUGGAGGUUUGUAAUAGAGCUCCUGCUGUAGACUCAAGACAUCCUGAGCAACCCCGAGUCGGCGCCCGUGCGCAUCGUCAAGCAUUCUCAGCCUCCCUUCGCCGCCCGGGCCGCGCCCUCUUCCCAACCUCUUCUGCUGCAGAGCCAGGCCCGGUCCCUGACCCCAGCCGCGGCCUGCAGCAGCACCACUACCCAGGACCCCGGCCCGAGCUACGCCGCCAACCAGGACAGCGCAGGGGACCUGCGGAUGGCCACCAUCCCGGAGGACACCAGCAGCGACUCUCACCUGGUAGAGGAGGGGCUGUCGGGCGAUUUCACAACCGCCGGAGCCUCCUCGUCGGCUACGAAAUCCUCCUUCGAGGAUCUGACAGGUCAGAACCCAUCCAGGGAGCGACGGCGCCUCAAGAGGCAGGAGUGCCUCGACUCUAAAGAGACAGAGUGCUGAGGGAACGGAGGGCGCCGCUCUCCCUCUUAGAAAAGCAUUCGCCUUCGUUUAGAGAACAAACAGAACAAUGUAAGCUUGAUGUGUUAAAAUGAGCCACUUCUUUACAGCUUUGAGUUCUUAUUUUGUGCCUUUUAAAGAUCUGUUGAAGUUUGAGGAAUUAGGAAAUGCAUUAUACGUUCUUACACCUUUUCACAUUUUUCCCAGUGUCACCACUAACUUUAAUGUGUUUUGCUGCGAUUUUAUAUGAUAAACCAACAGCAAAUUAUGCUCCAUUGCAACAUUUAUAAUAAUUUUAGCUAAUGAAUAAGAGAAAAAGGCAUUUUAUGUUCAGCCAUAAUGUAGCAUCUCUAAAUGAAAUCUCGUGCACAGAGCAGUUAUCUGAUAGUCUUCUAUUAUUGUCCUGUACUCCACAAAUUGGACAACCUCCCAGUAUGACAGUAAGUAAAAAAAAAGUAAGUUAAAAGAAAGAUAUAUGAAGUCACAAACCGUGUUAGUGGACAAAGCGUACCUGUAUUUGGAGGUACUGCAGUCAAAUAAGGCAAGUGUGAAUGACGUGUGAAAACUUAAAGCCUCUCAGUCAAAUCAGACUAAUUGUUUGCUGCUUUACUAAAAAUAAAAGGCAGAAAGUGAUCUAGGUAACUGUUAGAUAUUCAAGAGUUAAAAGGUGCUACUUUAGAUGGAUUUCUAUGCAAAUGCAUGCCACACUUUUUAGAUUUAUUUUUUGCAAAUCUGUUUAAAAAGAUUUCAAAUUUUUCUUUCACUUUCAACUAAACCACUUUGUGUUGGUCUGUCUUAUAAAAUCCAGAUGAAACACAGUGAAGUUUAUAGAUGUUAUUCUGAAAAGUGAAACAUUUUUAACAGUUUAGAUUUAAAGUUGAUGAAUAAUCAGGUUAAUUUUAAGGAGGACUGAUUUUCCCACUGUGUCGUUUUUCAUUAAAUAGCCGUUGUGCACCUUCAGAAAAUAAACUCCCAAUCUUAUCUUCAUACACUGUAUUGCAAAAAGCAUCUUUUCUGGGUGCUUUUAAGUGUACAUGUACUUCGAUAUCCUUUGCUUAAUCUGUAGGUUCAGUUUGUUGAUGGACCUUUUUUGAUAAAAGCGACUUUAACUCCUCUGGAAAAACAUCUUUCACAGAGUUUAGGUUUGUGAUCGUUUAGAUUAGAAAAGCAGAACUGCAGCUUCUGCUGUUAGUCAUCCUAAAGCUCUUCUAUAAGAUAAAGGUCAUGAUGCUGCCUAACUUUAUACAAAAACAGCACCGUUAGCAAAUUAUUCCAUCAUUCACGUUCAUUUUGAUGCAGUGAUCCGAUACUUCCAGCAAUAUAGUGCAUCUAUAAAUGUCCGUUUAUUAAACCAAAUCCACUCCCAGUAUAUUCAGUUUAUUAUGUUACAUAAUCAUCACAACUAUUGAGGAAAUCAAUUGUGGGUUAUGACUUGUAGGACACUCAAGUUUAGGUUUGUUUUUAACAAAAGCACUUUUCAACACUGGAGAAUCUCUGUUUUGCACACAUUUUUCAGAGGUUGCAUAUUGGACCCUUGUGUUUGUAUCGUAGCUCCUAUGUACAAGAAGCAACAGUUUUAGUAUAUCACCGAGUUUGUUCAAUGUUGGUAAAUAAAAAAAAAAAGCAUUUUCCACUGAUUCCUGCACUACCAGUAUGUUUAGAUUUAUGUGCUUAUAAACCUCCUGUUUAUCGGAUCAUAUUGUCCGUUCUGCAGCACUGCUUGUGCUCAGAUCGUUUGUUUGCUUUGAAAAAAGUCGUGCCAAUGUGAGCUGUGCACAUGUUGCAGUUUGAUGCAGUCUCACCUGUUACCUGCUGUGUCAUAUCUUAAUGCUGUAAAACA